UGGGCCCGGGCAGGAAUUUCCGUUUCCGGCCAAUCACUAGCCACUUCCGCUUCCGGACACUUGGCGUGUGGGUCGCUGACGGGAGGAUGGACGGGCUGGUGGCUCAGUGCUCAGCCAGGCUGCUGCAGCAGGAAAAGGAGAUUAAAUCUCUGACUGCGGAGAUCGACCGGCUGAAGAACUGUGGUUACUUAGAAGAGUCUCCGAGUUUGGACCAGUUACGAGAAGAAAAUUUAAAGUUGAAGUAUAGACUGAAUAUUCUUCGGAGGAGUCUUCAGGCAGAAAAGAGAAGAAGACCAACCAAAAAUAUGAUUAACAUCAAUAGCCGCCUGCAGGAUGUCUUUGGCUGUGCCAUUAGGGCUGCAUAUCCAGACCUGGACAACCCUCCUCUGGUCGUAACUCCAAGUCAGCAGCCCAAGUUUGGAGACUAUCAAUGUAAUAGUGCCAUGGGUAUUUCUCAGAUGCUCAAAGCAAAGGAACAGAAGGUUAAUCCUAGAGAAAUUGCAGAAAACAUCACCAAACACCUGCCAAGCAAUGAAUAUAUUGACAAGGUUGAAAUUGCGGGUCCUGGUUUCAUUAAUGUCCACUUGAGAAAGGACUUUGUGUCAGAACAGUUGACCAAUCUCCUAGUAAAUGGAGUCCAACUACCCACUCUUGGAGAGAAUAAAAAGGUUAUAGUUGACUUUUCCUCUCCCAACAUAGCUAAAGAGAUGCACGUUGGCCACCUCAGGUCAACUAUCAUAGGAGAAAGUAUGAGCCGACUCUUUGAAUUUGCAGGAUACGAUGUGCUAAGGUUAAACCAUGUAGGAGAUUGGGGGACCCAGUUUGGCAUGCUCAUCGCUCACUUGCAAGAUCAAUUUCCAGAUUAUCUGACAGUUUCACCUCCUAUUGGGGAUCUUCAGGCCUUUUAUAAGGAAUCUAAGAAGAGGUUUGAUACUGAGGAGGAAUUUAAGAAGCGAGCCUAUCAGUGUGUCGUUGCACUGCAGAGUAAGGACCCAGACUUCAUAAAGGCCUGGAAUCUCAUCUGUGACGUCUCCCGGGAAGAAUUUAGUAAAAUCUACAAUGCAUUGGACAUCACUUUAAUAGAGAGAGGAGAAUCCUUCUAUCAAGAUAGGAUGAAGGAUAUUGUAAAGGAAUUUGAAGAUAAAGGAUUUGUGCAAGUGGAUGAUGGCAGGAAAAUUGUGUUCGUUCCUGGGUGUUCCAUACCAUUAACCAUAGUGAAAUCCGAUGGGGGCUUUACUUAUGAUACAUCUGAUCUGGCUGCUAUCAAACAGAGACUAUUUGAGGAAAAAGCAAAUAAGAUUAUCUACGUGGUGGACAAUGGACAAGCUGUACAUUUCCAGACAAUUUUUGCUGCUGCUCAAAUGAUUGGUUGGUAUGACCCUAAAGUAACUCAAGUGAGCCAUGUUGGAUUUGGUGUGGUGCUAGGAGAAGACAAGAAGAAGUUUAAAACACGCUCGGGUGAAACGGUGCGCCUUGUGGACCUGCUGGGAGAAGGACUGAAGCGGUCCAUGGACAAGUUGAAGGAGAAGGAGAGAGACAAGGUCCUGACUGAAGAGGAGUUGACCGCUGCUCAGACAUCCAUUGCAUAUGGCUGUAUCAAAUAUGCCGACCUGUCCCAUAACCGGCUGAACGACUACAUCUUCUCCUUCGACAAGAUGCUGGACGACAGAGGGAACACGGCCGCGUACUUACUGUACGCCUUCACUAGAAUCAGGUCUAUUGCACGUCUGGCCAGUAUUGAUGAAGAGAUGCUUCAGAAAGCUGCCCGGGAAACCAAGAUUGUCUUGGACCAUGAGAAGGAAUGGAAACUUGGCCGGUGCAUUUUACGAUUCCCUGAGAUUUUACAGAAGAUGUUAGAUGACUUAUUUCUCCACACUCUCUGUGAUUAUAUAUACGAGCUGGCAACUACUUUCACAGAGUUUUACGAUAGCUGCUACUGUGUGGAGAAAGAUCGACAGACAGGGAAAGUGUUGAAGGUGAACAUGUGGCGAAUGCUCCUGUGUGAAGCAGUGGCUGCUGUCAUGGCCAAGGGGUUCGAUAUCCUGGGAAUCAAGCCCGUCCAAAGGAUGUGAUCCUUGGGUUUGGGGACUUCUUACCAAAGGGGCCAUUAGUACUGUUUGCUUUUUAAACAAUCAUGUGGACACAAAGGCAGAAAAGGAAUUUUCACAGUAAAGAACUUUCUACAACUGUC